GCAGCACCACCCCUACCCCGGAUCCCGGACACGGCAGCUGCCGGAACCAGUGUAAACCCCCGUCUUGUGCCCCAGCCCCGGACCCUGCACGACUUCUCUUCCCUGCCCGUUUGUCACUACGGCCAUGUGCUCCAAGCCUGGCUCCCCGCUGCUGCCUGCCCAUGUGUCACCGCUGUCUGUCCUGCCCGGGUCCCCAUUCGCUGUCCCGAGUGGACUGAGAAGCCUUGCAGCUGCUGCACCGGCCGGGGGUGCCAAGCUGACCCACCCGGGCAAAGCCAUCUUAGCAGGAGGUAUUGCUGGUGGAAUAGAGAUCUGCAUCACAUUUCCCACAGAAUAUGUCAAGACCCAGCUGCAGCUUGAUGAGAAGGCUAACCCCCCAAGAUACCGGGGAGUAUGGGACUGUGUGAAGCAGACAGUGCAGGGUCAUGGGGUGAAGGGGCUGUAUCGGGGGCUUAGUUCUCUACUCUAUGGUUCCAUUCCAAAGGCAGCUGUAAGGUUUGGGAUGUUUGAAUUCCUUAGUAAUCAGAUGCGAGAUGCACAAGGGAAGCUGGACAGUAAGCGCAGUUUAGUGUGCGGCCUGGGGGCUGGUGUGGCUGAGGCUAUUGUGGUGGUCUGCCCUAUGGAAACUAUUAAGGUAAAGUUUAUUCAUGAUCAGUGCUCUCCGAACCCAAAAUACAGAGGAUUUUUUCAUGGCGUGAGGGAGAUCAUACGUAACCAAGGUAUAAAAGGGACAUAUCAAGGUCUCACAGCUACAAUCCUCAAGCAAGGAUCUAACCAGGCUAUCCGCUUCUUUGUAAUGACCUCUCUAAGAAACUGGUAUAGAGGUGACAACCCUAACAAGCCAAUGAACCCACUUAUUACUGGUGUAUUUGGAGCCACGGCUGGAGCAGCCAGUGUGUUUGGUAACACUCCUGUGGAUGUGAUCAAGACUAGAAUGCAGGGAUUGGAAGCGCAUAAAUACAAGAGUACAUGGGAUUGUGCCUACAAGAUCCUCAAAUAUGAGGGUCCCCGAGCGUUCUACAAGGGGACUGUUCCUCGUCUUGGACGCGUGUGUCUUGACGUGGCUAUUGUCUUUAUAAUCUAUGAUGAAGUGGUGAAGAUGCUGAACAAGGUGUGGAAGACCGACUGAUACUUUAAGCAAUUGUGAUAAACCAAGGAUCCCACCUACACGGGAUCUUCAGGGUGCCAAAGAGUCCAUUCAAUCGCUAAAAUCUGUAGUAAAAUGCUCCAGUGCCUCUAGUUUCCCAAGACAUUGUCCCCUUUUUUUCUGGCAUCCUCCACCAUUUAGAAACAAUAACCAAACAGCCUUGCAGCACCAUUUGUUGCAACAAAAGUGAAGGGUUUAACAAGGGUAAAUAUACAUUCACCUUUUUAUUUGUCUUUGAAAAAAAAAGGUUUUCAAAUUUUU